AUGCUGUUCAACCGCUUUUUGCCUAUCGCUGCCCUCAUUUCGUUUGGCGCGCCAAUCCUCGCUGCACCAAUCUCAUUUCCCAGAGCUACUGGAUUGAGUGCUGCAGAACUACAAGAGGAAUGCGAUAAAAUGUAUACAGAGCUCGAAGACGCUAUAGCUCGUCAAAGCAUGGGUCUUUCCAUCAGUUCCGAGGAGCUCUCUGCGCCCAAGGAGCGCACCGCAGCCAAUAGCUCUAUGGCGGCAGUUUUUGUCACGGCGCAGAGUAAAAUGGACAGCUUACAGUCCGAAAUAGAUCAAGUAAUGGCUGGCCCGAUAGGUUCUAUGGAGGGGAAGAUCGGAAAAAUCAUGAUCGAGAUCGACACCGAGGUCAAGCAAGUACACUCAGGAGUCAAGUCGUUUAUUGGCGCCGAGUCUAGUGUCGUGUAUGGAAACCCGGAUGGAGGCGCACUGCUUACCACCCAACUUGCUAACCGCGUUCUACCCUUCUACAUUCUUAUUACCGUCAAGAAUAUUAGUGGCUAUACUUUCACAUCUGCACAACAGAGCAUUCGCAAAGACAUCACCGCUAUGAAGAAGACUCUAUCCAUUGUUUCAUCUGAGCUUGCUGACGAGGUUUCAAGCACGAUACUCAUAUCUAGCAUAGGAUAUACAUCCCUUGCUUAG